CAGACACGUCUGUCCUCGCAGGAGACACCAGCACACGACAGGAAACGACAGGAGACAAGAGGAGAACACAGGAGACGACAGCAGACAACAACAGACGACAGGAGACAGCAGCAGACAAUAAGAGACAACAGGAGAAUAGGGGAGACAGCAAGAGAGAACAGCUGUCCAUCUCUCACAGGUUGAUGAGACGCUUCAGUCUGGACCAGUGGAGGACUGACAGAAAUAAAAACAUGCUGCUGCCAUCCAUAGCUUUGACUUUGACUGUCUGCACCCUGCUGAUCAGCUCUGAGCUCAUCCAGUGUACAGUGUUCCUGGAUCAUUCUACAGCGAGUCAGAUCCUUCGCUUGCCCUCCUCCUCCAGGAGGCGUCGGGCCAACUCCUUCUCCCUGGAGGAGAUGUUACCAGGGAACCUGGAGAGGGAGUGCUACGAGGAGAGCUGCUCUCAGGAGGAGGCCGCAGAGAUCUUCCAGACCAAAGAAAAGACGCUGGAGUUUUGGUACAGAUACACAAAUCUGAACCGCUGUCUAAUCAACCCCUGUAUGAACGGAGGGAUCUGCACUAUGGACCGAGGAGACUUCAUGUGUCUCUGUCCUCCUCAGUACCAUGGCAAGAUAUGUGAAUCAGUGGUGUUGGAGUGUCGCUAUAGAAACGGAGGCUGUGUGCAGUACUGUAGGGAUCUGACAGGGGGAGGUGAAGUUCAGUGUGGCUGCGCUGAGGGAUUCAAAUUGGAGCCGGAUGGACAGAGCUGCUCCUCGACUGUGUUGUUCCCGUGUGGUCGCCAGCAGAUGCAUAUGUUGUACCGUGGUCGCUCUCUGUGGGACGUCUCUGAAUGGGACAACAUCACCAUGGAGACACACAGCAACAUCACUGAAGACUGGGACCUUAGACUGAAUUUUACAGAGACAGAGGAGGAGAGGAUGACAAUGAACUCCACAUCAAGACAGAACAGAAGAAAUGACACUUGGCUGAUGGGGGAUGAGAGGGAGGGAGGUGAGGCUGGGGGAGAAGAGGAGGAGAAUGACAAGGUGACAACUCGUAUUGUGGGUGGAGUCCUAGAGAAACCAGGAGGGAGUCCCUGGCAGGUUCUGAUCCACAGGUCUGAUGGUUAUGGUUUCUGUGGAGGGACUCUGGUUUCUGAUCGCUGGGUCGUCUCUGCUGCUCACUGCUUUGAAGAGUCUGCAGACCACGUGACUAUAGGAAACUAUGAUAAGCGGCGUCCUGAUCAAGGUGAGCAGCUGAUAAAGAUCCAGAGGGUCUUUGUUCAUCCUCACUUCCACUCCUUCACCUUCGACAGUGACAUUGCUCUGGUCUACCUCGCCCAGCCCGUCCUUAGGGGCCCCACAGCCGUCCCCGCCUGUUUGCCAGACGCCCACCUAUCCAAGUACCUGCUGAAGGAGGAUAACCGGGGGGUGGUGACGGGCUGGGGGCUCACUCGGUUCAUGGGCAGGUCCUCCCGGUUCCUGAGGAAGGUGGCACUCCCAGUGGUCAGCUACAAAGACUGCACUGCGUCCACUGAACAGGUGAUCACAGACAACAUGUUUUGUGCAGGUUACCUGGAGACCAGUAUGGAUGCCUGUAGUGGAGACAGUGGGGGACCCUUCAUGGUGAACUACAGAGGGACCUGGUUUCUGACUGGAAUCAUCAGCUGGGGGGAGAAAUGUGCUGCUAAGGGGAAGUACGGAGUUUAUACCCGACUAGGAAACUUCCUGAACUGGAUCAGAGACACCAUGGAGAGACAGGAUCUAAAUGGUACCAGGAGCUGAGAGAUGAAAACUGAUGAGGACUGAUGAGGACUGAUGUAAAUGUAAAACUGACCUCACAGAACACGUGAGCAACAUGCAGCAUCAACCCCUCACCUGCGUGAAGUCUGACCUCUGCUGGUGCAGAUACUGACCUGACCCUCUGCUAUUGGCUGGUCUUUGGUCUUUUUGUGCAAUAAUGAUAACAAUGAGAACACUUUCCAUAUCUGACGGUCAAGUGGGUCAAUGAGGUGUGUGUGUGUGUGUGUGUGUGUGUGUGUGUGUGUGUGCGUGCGUG